AUGUCCGAUCACCCUAUUUUGAUCAUCGGCGCGGGCAUCAGUGGUCUCGUCCUAGCCCAGUAUCUCCAGCGCCAUGGUAUUCCGUUUAAGAUCUUCGAUCGUGACUCCGCGAUCGACGCCCGCAGUGGCGGAUGGGGACUGACGCUGCACUGGUCACUCCCUGCCUUGCGCGAAUUGUUACCCGAGCAUUUGGUUGAACGAUUCCCUGAGACUUUUGUCAACAAGAAGGCCUCUGCGCGUGGGGAUACUGGGCGUUUUCAAUUCUUCAAUCUCAAGUCUGGAGCUGCUUUGUAUGAUGUUCCUGCCGCUGAGCGUAUUCGGGUGAGCCGUGUUCGCUUGCGCCAACUUCUGACUACUGGCGUUGAUGUUCAGUGGAGCAAGAAUUUAAAAAAUAUCGAAUCCUCUGGGGAUACUAUCACCGCUCAUUUCGAGGAUGGCACCUCGUGCGCUGGACGACUUCUCAUUGCCUGCGAUGGCUCAAAGUCACGGACACGUGAGAUUCUGUACCCCGAGGCGAAGAUGAACCCAUUGCCCGUACAGAUCCUUGGUGCAUCGACACUUUACACUGCAGAAGAGAUGGGCGGCGCUGAGUCCAUCGACCCUUUUAUCUUCCAGGGCUCGCACCCCGACUCAAACGUUUUUCUCUUUUUCAGCUUUUUGGAUACCCCUGGCAACUUCGAGACCAGUAGCAAGGAUCGCUAUCACUGCCAGGUGAUCGUUUCAUGGGCAGAUUCAAAGAACAUAUCAGUUCCAGAUGGCAAUACAGAGCGCAUUGCUCUGAUGAAAAAUUUGACUGAGAGCUGGUCUGAGCCGUUCCGGUCGCUGGUUCACAAACUUCCAGACGACGUGGAAGUGCGCCCCCUCCGAAUUGAGGACUGGGUGUUUCAACCAGGAAGAAUGCAUGCUCAUCCUCAAGUAGUGCUAAUGGGAGAUUCAGCACAUACGAUGACAAUGUACCGUGGAGAAGGUGCCAAUAAUGCGAUCGUCGAUGUUUUGGACCUUGUUAAGCGUGUUGACAUGAGACAGACAAGCUCUUUCGAUCAAGACGCCUUGACAUCCUCGCUUGCCGCCUACGAGAAUGAUGUCUUCAUACGUUCAGAACUCAGCUUGGCUGGCUGUACUCCAGCUCUUGAAGCGAUGAGUGCCAUACCAGACAAGGUGUCUUCUGUCCGUAUCUCGCAGCGUCAACCACAAGCCUGCAGAGAGUGCACGAAGCGCAAGCGCAAGUGUGACAAGCAGAUUCCCUGCACAAGGUGUAAACGACUGAAUCUGAAUUGUUCAAUAGAAGUUGUCCAGCUCAGGCGCAACGCCGUGCAGCAUGCUUCGGAGAUCGAGUUUCUGAGUUCAGUUUUAGCGGAUUUGGACUCCUCGUCUUCGUCGGGAAUCGCACAUGUGACUCAAAAACUAAGAAACAGGAUAUCCCGGCUGCAGACUGGUCAGGAUCUCCCUUCAUCCGAGGCGUCCAACAUAGACUCGACGCAGCAGGAAAUCACAUUGACUGAAGAUCGUGUGCCUGGGAAAUUACCGGCCGCUUCGAUCGAGUCUUCCUCGAACCAAGUUGAUUCAUCACUUCUCACAGCCAUCGAGCAUCUUGCUUGGGGCAGAAAUUCCGCCGGAUGCUUUCCUCACAGGAACUGCGCAUGCCAAUAUCGCAAAAAUGGCCUACAGCUGGUAUCCAGUAAUGCACCACUUCAAGGUGACGGACUUUUGGGACUAAAUCCGAAUCUUCCCAGAACAAUAGAUGCUCAAAAACUGAUCAAGUUCCAUAUCUGCCAUGUGGCAUGGCAUCACGAUUGCUUCCACGGCCCGACGUUCCUCGAACAGUGUGAAAUGUUUUGGGAAACUGGAAAAUACGAUGAUCCCCUCUGGCUAGCCCUAUACUAUUCCGUCUUGAGCUCUACCGUCAGUUCAGUUCAGGAUAGCCCGAAAGCGAGAGAUUUGGUUGAUGUGGAUCUGCACACUAUGCAAUCCGCGCAGCAACUCUUUUCUGCCAUGGUGCAAACUCUGUAUGACAGUCAUUUCCUCAGCAACCUCUCGAUAUACUCAGUGCAGGCCAUUGUCAUAUCGACAGAAGUGGCUCAUAACCUCGGGUUGAGUCAGCUGAAUGCGACCCUUUUCAAUGCUGCAGUGCGCAUUGCCGAGUGCCUUGGAGUUCACAAAAUCCAGGACCACUCUACAAAACCCGUCCAAAAUAAAGAUGACUGGGAAGAAAGAGUCGAGCGUGAAGUCGGAAAAAGGGUCUGGUGUCAAAUGAUCAUCCAAGACCACUUCGCGAUCCCCUUCACCGACACAUACAGCAUAUCCCCAAUGCACUUCUCUACAGGUCGCCCUAUGAAUGCAGAAGACUAUGACCUAGUGGACAUGCCAAUCAGCACUCCCACUACAAGCACUUACGUCCGCGUACUGGUAAAUCUGGCAGAACUGAUGCCUGGUCUAGUGGAUGGACUCGGUCCAAUGAAAAGUCGAAAGCCUCAUCGCGAGCAAUACCAGCAUAUCCUGCAAGUGGAUCAGAAAAUGAGAGCUGUGGUUAAAAAUAUACCACCGUUCCUUCUGCGCCCGGACAAGGAGAAAGAAGAGCAAAUCCCAUGGCUUAGCAUCGCGCGACGAAGCUUAGCAAUCACAGCAGCAGAAAAGAUCAUCAUGAUACAUCGACCGUUCCUUUUCCGCUCAUUCCACGAUCCAACGUAUAGUUACACAAGGCGCACGUCUGUCGCAGCGGCGAUGACUAUAUUACGUGAACACGAGACAAUUGUGCGGGAAGAGGAUAUCUCAAUCUGGACCCAUACCGCAUUUGCAAUUACAGCCGCGGUCAUAAUGUGCUUUGAGGUCAAUGCAAUCGCCGAGAGUGCAUUCAGCGCAAGUGCCCAGAGCUACAAAGAGGCCAUUCUGUCCGCUAGAGCCCGUCUUGCUUCGCGUGAUCUUGACGUGCUCGCUCAACGAGGUGUAGCUUUGAUUGAUGCAAUUUUCACUGCGGGCUCUGACCUACAUAAUGGAGGAACCAGUACUAAAAUGAUGGAUUUCGGUCAAAUCUUGGCCAAGUUCUCUACAUUCAGUCGAUUACACCUUGGAUCUCCCAGCACCGAGGCAUCUCCAGGCACAAUUGCGACUGUUGAGUCUCAGGAUGUGAUUGGUGCUCACUUCGAUGAGAUGAGACCUACUUGGGGGACUGCAGAGGACAUUGAUUUCGAUGCCUGGUUCAAUGAGACGUUUUACUCUCUGCAAGAACCUCUCCAACUGUGA